GAAAUGUGCAAUAACUUUUAACUAGUUUCAGUCGUACAGAUUCAUUCGUCACCGAAGAGCGCGUGCGGUACACUCCGUAAUGGUCCGUCCACCGUCGGUCGACCGUCGAAAAACAAUUAUUAAUGACAAAAAACCAAUACACAGGUACACGGACAUGUUUUAAAGCUGUUGGUUUUCUAUCAUUAUUUAUGUAUUUAUUGUUAUCAUACAACUCCGCAAUGUCACAUUGGAAACGUUUACCGUGUAACCGUCGAUAACGGCUUGUAAAUGUUGUAUUGAAACCAGCAAUAGCCGCCGAGCUACAGACAUUAACGACAUAUCUCCGCCAUUAUCUUAGUGCCCUAACCUGAGUCAUACAGAUUACAUGUGUAAACUGAUGCGUAUGUGUUCGAAAAAAAAAGUCAGCCCGAAGAAGAGCGUUCUAAAUAAGGGUUUUCCGUCUCUUAUUUCACAGUGGAUUGUAGUUUUCAAAAAAGGCGGUUCCCAAAACAUGGUACUACUACUAGUGCAGCGGCCGAAGACAAUAAUUGUGGUAUAUUUUUAGACAAAGAUUGUGCUAAUCCUGGCUGGAGUUUUGUAGUCUUGGACCAGACAAAAUUAGUGACUACUUAAAGGGAAUCAUGACGUCCACACCGGACAAACGGCCCACAACGGUAUUGUAUUUGCCCGGACACGACCAACACGUGGAUUCGGAUCAGAGCGAUGCGCUGUUGACGCCACCAUUGAAUACUGCUGAUUAUCCAGUGCAGGCCAAUGGACUAAACGAACGACCAGUAUCGUCAAAAGUCAAAUAUAACACCAGAAAAUCGAAUUAUCCACCCGUGUACAGAAAAGCCAAACGACGGGCUUUGUACAAAAACGGCGAUUUCAAUAUCAUUCGGGUAAACAUAUCAAAAUUGCGCCGGCGAUACUUACAAGAUUUGUUCACCACGUUGGUGGACGCACAAUGGCGGUGGACGUUGCUAGUGUUCUGCAUGAGCUUCCUGCUCAGCUGGUUUGCAUUCGGCGUCGUCUGGUACCUGAUCGCUUACACUCACGGAGAUUUGUUGCCGGAAAACCAAACAAACGCCCAAUGGUCACCGUGCGUGAUUAACAUGCACACGUUCGUGGCCAGCUUCUUGUUCAGCGUGGAGACGCAGCACACCACGGGGUUCGGUUACCGGAUGGUUACCGAAGAGUGUCCCGAAGCAAUAGCUAUGUUCUGUUUCCAGAGCAUCGCGGGGUUGAUGAUUCAGGCGUUUAUGGUGGGCAUAGUGUUUGCUAAAAUGGCUCGGCCCAAGCAGAGAAGCCAGACGCUCAUGUUCAGUAGGAACGCCGUCAUAUGCCAGAGAGACGGUCAAUUGUGUUUCAUGUUUAGAGUGGGCGACAUGAGAGAAAAAUCUCAACUGAUCGGGGCCACCAUCAGAGCACGGUAUAUCCGUUCUCGCGUGACUGCCGAAGGAGAAACACUGUCGCCGCACGUCUCGUACCUGAAAGUCAGCGUGGACGACUACGACGAGCAGGUGUUUUUGAUGUGGCCCAUGGUGGCCGUCCACCGGAUCGACAGGGAGAGUCCCUUUUACGGGAUGAGCGCGGCCGACUUGCUGCACGAGAGGUUCGAAGUGGCCGUGGUCUUGGAGGGAACGACCGAGUCGACGGGGCAAACGACCCAAGCCCGGACGUCUUACGUGGCCGCCGAGGUGCUGUGGGGCCACAGAUUUCGACAGCUCGUCAGCUACUGCAAGACCAAGAUGAUAUACGAGGUGGACUAUUCGCAGUUCCACGACACGUGCAAGGUCGACACACCUCUGUGCAGCGCCAAAGACCUGCAGGCGUAUCUGAUGGCCAGCGAACCAAAUCGACUGGUUGGCAUCCAAUAGACCAGAGGGAGUGGUAGAUCGGUAUUGGCCAACGUCGACAACAGAAUAACACAACGUUGUAAGCACCCACGAAGGACUCAUUCAUGUGUGUAUGUGUAAUGCGACUAGCACUCACGUGGGAACGUGUAUCCUUGCAAAUAUCCACCGCCCACGAAAGUGUAUGGAUCAGACAAUAUAAUAAUAAUAUGUAAUUACUUAUGUUUUCAACAAUCAAUUAAAAGGAGCACAUAUAUUAAUAUAUAUUAUAUAUUGUAUUAUAUCAAGAAAGUUAACUAUAUGUAUCCGUGUAUUUAAUCACUGUGCAAAAGAAUGUCCAAGACGAUCCACUAGGUAUACAUUAAGGCCUACCUAACCAGAUGAUGACCGGUACACGCUUAUGGUUAGGUAUUUUUAUAAAGUGUUCUAAUCAUUUUAGCGUCGAUGCGGAGCUGUUGAUUCUUAAAUUGCACGUAUGUGCGUUUUUUUUUUUACAUUGUCAUUGCGAUCAUCGACAACGUUUACUAACUACAACGCUUUUCGAAUGACAAUAAUAUACAUUCGCCAAAUUGCACACAAGUAAACUGAAAUUGUGUUUUUCACGAUCGUCCGUCAGGCCAGAAUAUCAUUAUUGAGCAUCAACGCUGUUGCGCAACUUAUUGGGUAAAACUGAUAUUAGG